AUGAAGAUUUCAUUGUUAUCUUUUAGAUCUAUUAUAUUUAAAUACUCUCUGGUAUUUAUUCUAGUUGCUCAGAUAAGGUAUUUUACAGAUUGUGCAGAUCAUCCUGGAGAUUCCGAGGGAGCGGUAGGUGGAGCCAUAGGAGGGAUCGGUGAGAUAUUAACUAAACAAAGAUCUGUCCCAAAGGUACAUGAUCUUGAUAUUGGUGAUCCUAGUAAAACUGAAUUAUAUGUUCAUUACAAAGAUGGUAAUUAUGAAACAUUUUGUAGUAAAGCAGGCAAUUCAUUCAAAAAAAUAAUAAAAACAAAAAAAAAUGUACAUAAACUAAUUUGGGAAGCAAAAAAUGAUAAAAAUUGUGAAUUCGUCAGGAUAUUGAAGCGUGAAAAUGGGUAUAAGUAUAUGCUUAUUAUAGUUACUGGUGGUAGUUUUCGACUUCUUCGAAAACUUCCCAAUGGUAAGACUUGGCAGGAUAUUACAUAUACUAGAAAAAAUUUCUCAACGUUCAAAUUUUUUUUCUUUGAUGAUGGGAAGUUUAAGGAAUUUGAACCAAGUAGGGACCUUGUGUCCGUAUAUAAAUUCAGUGUAGGAUAUCAAUUUAGAAGUGGAAUAAACUGCCAUAAGAUUCAAUUGGGUGAUAAGGUGCUUUAUGAUUAUGAAUUGGAUCCUGAGUUCGGAUUGUUAAAGGGAGUAUAUCUGGAUCUUUUAACGAAUGAUUUUAACAUUUUAAGUCGUAAUGAUAUAACAAAGGAAUUAAAUAUAGAAAAGGCUGAGUCGAUUCAAACUUCUGUUCCAGUUCGUUAUAGUAAUUUGCCAAGAGAACUAAAACUAAUUGGUUAUGAACCAGUAGAUCCGUUUGAUCCAUUUAAUCCAGAUAAUUUUUCUGAAAUUUGCCAUACCAAAUAUACUGUAACGAGGGCUGGACUCGAUUACGAAUAUGACCUAACUAGUGUAAGAUGUGUUACAAUCAAGUGUGGAGAUGAUAUUAUUUGGAAUAAACCUCACGAUUCAGAUACUCAUCCAUUGUUCAUGAAAUUACUUAAGGUUGAAAAAAGGAUAUUACUUAGGUUUUCAGAUCACUUUGUUUAUUUUAUACAUAUUGGUACUGUAUGGAGACCACAAAAAUUUCUUUACAAAGAAUCCGAAGGACUAAAAGAAAUUCAUGAGGCUGUUGCUAGUAUCACCAUUACCGAAGAGCAGUUGAAUGCUCUUUCUAAGUGUAAAAAAGUUAAUGUUGACAUUACGAAAUGUGAAAACGAUACUGAGUUUGAUCGUUCUUUUGAUGACGAAACCGGUAAUGGUAUGCUUGUUGCUAGAUUUGGGUUUGUAUUUAAUUUAAUUGUAUCUGGUAAAGAAAAAAUUUGGGAAGCCGAUAAAGGAGAAUAUUGUAAAAAAAUAAUGGUACAAAGUUUUGACAAAAAAAAAUGUAAAUACGUAACAAUUUUUAAUGUUGAUGGUACUAUUAAACACUACAAAAAAAUUGGAGAUCAGUGGAAAACGGGGGGAGAUUCACUAAUAUUCUAUAUACAAGAAUCAUCACCUAGCUACACAUACAGUUGUGAGCGUGAAGGUGAAACUCUUAUAUUCACUACAAAAUUAAACUACAGAUUUUUUAUGGUGAAAGAUGAAGAAGAAAAGAUAUGGCAGUCUAGAAAUAGAAAUGAAAGUGGAAUAAAAAUCAUAACAAAUAAUAAUCCUUCUAAGGAAAGAACUAAUGUUAGUAUAUACCUUUCUAAUGGAACUAUUAAACAUUUUGAAAAAAGGGAAAACACAUGGGUGGCGAUGUCUAAUAAAGCAGUAUUGGAUCUUUCAAUUAAGAAAAAUGAUUUCCAUUUCAUUUGUAUAGUCGAAGGUUCAUGUAAAUCGUAUUUUCCAAAUCAAAACUUUAAAAUUAAUAAGGUGAUUAAGGGAAAUCUUGACAUAUGGACGACUCAACCAAAUGAUCAAGCGGUAAAGGCAGUGCUCAAUGGUUCUGGCAAAGAGGAGAAAUAUCUAUGCAUACUGUUGGAGAGUCGUAACUUCGUACUACUUCACAAGAGUGGUAAGAAUCAACCCUGGGAAGAUAUAACAGAUACAAGACAUGAUUUGAGUCAGUUCCAACUUUUUAAAUGGGAUGGUACAGAGAUUAAAAACCCUUAUUAUGAAGUGGAAUUGUCAAAUACCACAUACUCAUACAUUUUUAAGGAAAAUACCAAUAUUGGUUCUAUUAAAUAUAGAAAUAGAGAGAUUUGGUUCUAUGGUUCAGGAAGUGGAGUUGAAUAUCCACAUAGACUAAAUCUGGAAUUAACUAAAAACAAACUAUCACUUACAUUUGAUUUAAAUAUAGAAAGAAAAUUGCAUGUAACUUAA